GUUGACAUGAAACAGGAACAAGAACAAUGACAAAUUGCGAAACAUCCAAAUCUCAUGCUCCUCGUCACUCUACAUCGCUCCAACUUCUCCACCAACUCAGUUUUCCAGCUUUCACACCCCAUUUUCAGAUUGGAAUCUCUCUCUCAUAUUCUCGUCUGGCUCACUCUUUCUGUAAUCCGUUGAUCACACUUCAAGACCACCCCAUCUUUAUUUUCAUUGAAGCAGAAUGAGAAGAACUUGCUGAGAUUGAAGGGUUUGUGAUUGUGAUGGAGUUUAAUACUUUUUGUCAUUUGAAUAUUUGGAGGGUGUGUACAAAAAUGAGAAUUUGGACAGUUUUGUUACUCCUGCUGUUACUAAAGAGUGAUGUUAUUGUUGUGUAUUGUGGUUCGGGUUACUUGGUUGGUCUUGGAAGCUAUGACAUUACCGGUCCUGCUGCUGAUGUUAACUUGAUGGGGUAUGCUAAAAUAGAACAAGUUGCAUCCGGUAUUCACCUCAGGCUUCGCGCUCGUGCUUUCAUUGUAGCAGCGUCGAAGGGUAAUAGGGUUGUUUUUGUGAACCUUGAUGCUUGUAUGGGUUCACAAAUUGUGACAACCAAAGUAAUCGAGAGGCUGAAAGCAAGAUAUGGUGAGAUGUAUACGGAAAAGAAUGUAGCUAUUAGCGGAACUCACACUCAUGCGGGUCCUGGGGGUUAUCUUCAAUACUUUUUGUAUAUUAUAACAUCUUACGGAUUUGUGCGUCAGUCGUUUGAUGUUAUUGUUGAUGGUAUCGAGAAAAGCAUUAUUCAGGCUCAUGAAAAUCUCCGUCCCGGAUCAGUAUUUGUUGAUGAAGGAGAGCUUUUAGACGCUGGUGUGAACCGAAGUCCAAGUGCUUAUCUCAAUAAUCCUGCUUCAGAGAGAAGUAAAUAUAAGUAUGAUGUUGAUAAAGAAAUGACUCUUUUAAAGUUUGUUGAUGAUGAAAGGGGACCUGUUGGAAGCUUCAGUUGGUUUGCUACUCACCCGACUUCAAUGGGUCGGAGAAACUCGUUAAUCAGCGGGGAUAAUAAAGGUGCGGCUGCACGGUUUAUGGAAGAUUGGUUUGAGGAAAAAGAUUCUGGAAGAAUGGAUUCUGAUGUAGUCGGAAAUGAUGGCUUGCCUCAAAGAAUCUCAAAUAUAAUUCCUGGACUUCGUGAUAAUCAUCAUGAAUUACUGGAACUUGCUUUCUCUUUCCAGUCUCCUCCUGGUAGACCAGUUACCAAAAGUUCGAGUGUUACCCGACGGGUGAGAGGUGCUCCUAGGAAUGUUGACAAGCCUCGAUUUGUAGCUGGAUUCUGCCAAUCGAAUUCUGGAGAUGUCAGUCCAAAUGUUCUUGGAGCUUUUUGUGUAGACACUGGGCUACCUUGUGACUUCAAUCAUAGUACAUGUGGAGGGAGGAAUGAAUUCUGCUAUGGCCUAGGACCUAGUUAUCCAGAUGAAUUUGAAAGUACCCGCAUUAUAGGAGAAAGACAAUUUAGAAAAGCAGCGGAUCUCUUCAAUGCAGCAGCUGAAGAGAUUGAAGGGGAGGUUGAUUUUCGACACGCCUAUAUAGAUUUCUCCAAACUUGAGGUGACUAUUUCUGAUCAAGGAGUUGACAAGGUUGUUAAGACAUGCCCUGCCGCAAUGGGUUUUGCAUUUGCUGCCGGAACAACCGAUGGACCUGGAUCUUUUGAUUUUAAGCAAGGCGACGAUAAGGGAAGUCAUUUCUGGAAGCUAGUCCGCAACCUAGUUAAGACAAUAAGCAAGAAACAAAUUGAUUGUCAACACCCAAAGCCCAUUUUGCUUGAUACCGGUGAAAUGAAUAUACCAUAUGAUUGGGCACCUUCGAUACUUCCGAUUCAGAUCCUCCGGGUUGGGCAGUUUGUUAUUCUGUGUGUACCAGGAGAAAUCUCAACAAUGGCUGGAAGGAGACUACGCGAUGCAGUGAAGACGGUACUAAGUAGUCACAAGGAUUUUGAAAAGGUUCACGUUGUUAUAGCAGCUUUGAGCAAUGCUUAUUCGCAGUACGCAACUACAUAUGAAGAAUACCAGGUGCAAAGAUACGAGGGUGCUUCUACACUAUACGGCCCACACACGCUGAAUGCAUACAUUCAAGAGUUUAAGAAGCUUGCAAAGGCUCUUAUCAGCGGCGAACCAGUAGAAACCGGUCCACUGCCUCCUGAUCUUCUGGAUAAGCAAGUAAGCUUGCUGCCACCUGUUGUGGUGGACGGAACCCCUUUUGGAGUAAAUUUUGGUGAUGUUUACUCUGACGUACCUCAGAACUCCACCUUUACGAGCGGUGACAUUGUGACAGUUUCGUUUUGGUCUGCGUGCCCUCGAAAUGACCUUUUGACAGAAGGCACCUUUGCCCUGGUGGAAAUUCUCCAAGGAAAAGACACUUGGGUUCCUGCUUACGACGAUGAUGAUUUCUGUCUGCGUUUUAAGUGGUCAAGGCGUUUUAAACUCAGUCCUAUGAGUAAAGCAACCAUGGAAUGGAGGAUACCGCAGGGUGUGACUCCUGGUGUGUACAGAAUAAGUCAUUUUGGUGCUGCAAAGGGCUUAUUUGGAUCAAUUAAUCACUUUACAGGUUCAUCCAGUGCAUUUGUUGUAUUAAUAUAAAUACAUUUUGUUCUCAGGCCACAACCAUUACUAUAUUACUGAUUUGUUGCACAGAACCUUUGCAAAAUUCAUUCCAUCCCCAAAAAGGGUGUCUGCAAUAUAUAGAGAAUCCUGAAUUUUUGUGAUA